UCAUGCGUUAUUGCGAUUCAAAUCGAUAAAAACCCCAAGUCCCGGCUUAAAAUGGGAGGAAAUGUCCUAAUUUUGUCGGUCUUGGACGUUGAAAGAUGAAUGAAAGGCCCAAUAUACCUUUGAUUAGGCCCAAGUAGGAUUCAUGGGCUCAAGAAAAGAUCCCAAAAAGGCCCAGUGUUUCCAGCAGACGGACCAAAAUUGGAUGCCCAAGCAUCGAGGAUAAACCCGUCAUUUAACAUAGUAUGAACUUCUCUUUUCAGUCUAGGGUUUACUCCUUCACGAAGCGCUCCCUCUAUAGUCUAUUCAAUUGUCGUACAUCGCUGCAACCAAAAUCCAGAGAUCCAUCGAUAAUGGUAGGAGUUUUUGAAGUCGGCGCAGUUCCGUUUAAUCCAGAUGGCUGGGGUCCACCCGAAUCCACCACCGCCACCACACCAACCACCACUACCACCCUCCCUCUCCACGUUCCUUACGCCCCCUUCUCCCGCUCCGACAAGCUCGGCCGAAUCGCCGACUUCACCCGCUCUUUCCCUUCCUCAAACGCCAACCCAUCCAACCGCCCUUCCUCCGCAAAACCUGGUGCAGCCAAUUCCUCUGACACGCCCUUUGAUUUCUCUCUCGACCUCGACGCCUUCCCUCUCGCUAACGCUGACGAUGAUUCCUCCUUCCGUUUAGUCGACGCCAAGCCUCCCCCUCGGCCUAAAUUCGGCCCUAAGUGGCGUUUCAACCAACACCGACCUCAACUCCCUCAGCGACGAGACGAAGAAGUCGAGGCCCGUAAAAGAGAGGCUGAGAAAGAACGGGCCCGCCGUGACCGUCUUUAUAAUCUCAACCGGUCCAAUCAGAAUCAGUCACGUCGUGAAGCGGCAAUUUUGAAAUCUUCCGUCGAUAUCCAACCAGAAUGGAACAUGCUCGAUCAAAUCCCUUUCUCAACGUUCUCCAAGUUAUCCUUUUCUGUUCCUGAACCCGAAGAUUUACUCCUCUGUGGCGCUUUAGAGUAUUAUGAUCGGUCCUUUGAUCGAAUCACCCCGAAGAACGAACGGAGACUCGAGAGGUUCAAAAACCGAAACUUCUUUAAAGUCACCACAACUGACGAUCCGGUUAUCCGAAGAUUGGCCAAUGAGGAUAAAGCAACCGUUUUUGCGACUGAUGCGAUUCUGGCAACGUUAAUGUGUGUACCCAGGUCAGUUUAUUCGUGGGAUAUUGUUAUUCAACGUGUUGGGAAUAAGUUAUUUUUCGAUAAAAGAGAUGGGUCGCAAUUAGAUUUGUUGUCAGUCCACGAAACUUCUCAGGAGCCAUUGCCUGAAGCUAAGGAUGAUAUUAACUCUGCGUAUUCAUUGAGUGUUGAAGCAGCUUAUAUAAAUCAGAAUUUUUCACAGCAGGUUUUGGUUAGGGAUGGGAAUAAGGUGAGUUUUGAUGAGCCAAACCCCUUUGCCAAUGAGGGUGAUGAGGUCGCUUCUGUGGCCUAUAGGUAUAGAAGGUGGAAGCUUGACAAUGAUGUGUAUUUGGUUGCUCGGUGCGAGGUUCAGAGUGUUGUUGAGGUCAAUAAGCAGAAGUCUUUCCUUACUUUGAAUGCACUUAACGAGUUUGAUCCCAAGUAUUCUGGUGUUGAUUGGAGGCAGAAGUUGGAAACGCAGAGGGGUGCGGUUUUGGCUACGGAAUUGAAGAAUAAUGCAAAUAAGUUGGCUAAAUGGACUGCUCAAGCGCUUUUAGCCAGUGCUGAUUUGAUGAAAUUGGGAUAUGUUUCGAGGGUGCAUCCUAGGGAUCAUUUCAACCAUGUUAUAUUGGCUGUUGUUGGGUAUAAACCAAGGGAUUUUGCUGCGCAAAUUAAUCUGAAUACUGCAAAUAUGUGGGGGAUUGUGAAGUCUAUUGUGGACUUGUGUAUGAAGUUGAAUGAGGGGAAAUAUGUGCUUGUGAAGGAUCCAUCUAAGCCUCAAGUGAGGAUUUAUGAGGUUCCAGCUGAUGCUUUCGAGAAUGAUUAUGUGGAGGAACCAUUACCAGAAGAGGAACAGGUUCAGCCUCCAACUGAGGAUGCUGAAGGUGGGGAAGCAAGUGGCACUGCAAAUGAUGUUGAGGAUAAAGAGAUCGAGGCUCAAGCUUAAUGCAUAUUGGUGAUUGUAUAUCAAAAUUGUGGUAUUUAUGGAGAACUACGAUCCAGGAGAUGCUGUUGUCUCAACAAGACAAGGCUUAAAGCCCAAAGAUGAGUCACAAAGCAUUUUUCUUUCAUUUUUUGAUCUGCGAGCUGACUUAGCAAUAUGUGCGGAGAGAUUUUAUAAGAGCAUUUAUAACUUUGUCUGCUGAAACUGAGUGAACCGAAUUAUUAAGCAUUCUCUGAUGGUUUCAUGCGAGUCUGGGAAUGUGUUAUUGAGGUUAUAAUGUUUUUCUUCUUCAGAAACCAUUUUCAUCUGGAGUUAUAUUUUGAAAUGUUAUUUUUACUUCACGUAUGUUAAUUGCUAUUUUUGGUCUGAAGGAUAUGCUAUGAUAUGAUUUUGGGUUUCUUUCCUAUAUUAUGGUCCAGAAGUUCUACUAGACCCUGUAGUCGGCAGAUCUCCCGUCAAGGGAAGAAAUUCAAUGUGCAGAAAUAUGGGCCCAAAUCCUUUGAAAAAUGGCCGAUCCAAAAUUUUAGUCUCAUAUAAGUACUCAUUAAAAUGUUUAUUUUAUCCAAUUUACAAGUUAAACGUUUAGAGUAGCAUGCAGCGGCUAGAUAUAUAAUGGGUAAGGUUCUCCCUGUUUUCCUUUUCCUUCUAUGGCACAACUUUUUCUCGCAAGUGUUUCCCUUGUCAUGAAACAACGUUUGCU